UAUACAGACCACUGUGCUGCCUCACAUUGAGCAUGGAUGGAAGCAGAGAGAGAAUGAACGGGUUUCCUACACCUCUUUGUCAGGCUUGUGUGAAGGCAACCACAUGAUACAUGAAUAUAUUCUCAACUACACCAGGGACUUUCUACGUCAUCCUCAUCCUGCCAAGUGGGCUGCGCUAGACCUCAAUGCGGGUCACAGGAGGGAGAUGGAAUCUGUCAACCAGGUCGACAAUGAAUUGUCUAAAGUUCUACAGACGCUGCUUAAUGAGGAUAAAAACCUUGUGGUGUUUUUGCUUGGUGAUCACGGCAAGCCGUUCCAGAAAGACCCAUCUCACAUCGGAAGUCAUUAUGAGACACUCCUCCCUUUCUUGUCGGUUACCAUGCCAACAUGGAUGCUACGUCAGAGACCCGACGUCUUUCAUAACCUUGCCAUCAACCAGCAAAGAUAUAUUGUUCACGCAGACCUGCACACCAGCAUGAAAUCCCUCUUCCAUUUUCCAAACAUUGAGGGGGUAAAGGGCGCUAAAGGAGAGAAAGCAGUGAAUAUAUUCCAGAGCGAGAUUCCGGUUGAGAGAGGUUGCGAGCAGGCUAAUAUCCCCAUAUGGAGCUGUGUGUGCGGAACCAUGAAGAAACUUCCAGCCAAAGAAUUUAAUCAUUUUCAUCAAGAAUUGGUAGAGCUUGGAAUAGCACAUAUAAAUAGUCUUCAUAGUCAGAGUCAGUUGAAUAAGGCAGACCCCAGUCUCUCUCUCAGACCCACAUCGUGCAUGGAUCUUAGUUUCAAGAGGCUGCUCCAUGUUUUCAUCAACGAAAAUGAAAAUAAGCCGCUCAACUCGACCCAUCGACGGAGCUAUCACAUGACUUUCCAGACCAUUGAACUGGAUACAAUCUGGGAUCUAGUCAUUGACAAUCAAUACAAUAUAAAACAGGUGAAGCAAGUGAGUCUGUACCAGAGAUUUGACGUGUGCUGGGACAAACGAGUUCCUCUACCGUUCUGCGUUUGUGAUCUUAGCAAGAAAGCAGAAGACUUCAUCUGAGCUCAGGACCUUGCCCAACGCAUCGAUCUGGACUUUUCGCAUUCAUUACCGGGAAACACUCUACAACACACCAAUUCCUUUGAAAUUGCAAGUCAAAUCACAAAGGAGAGCUUAGAGGCUUUUCUUGAAAGUUGGUGGACCGGGACAGCAUCUGAAUCUCUUGACUCUGGACAAUGACAUAAUUGAAAUUAUUCGUCGUGUGCAAGUCUUUGGCUUUCGACAAAAGCCUCUCAACUCUCCAAUGUAAUUUUCAUUGCAUGUUUGAAAGAAUCGAUGCGUUGUAGAGAGUUUCCACGUAUUAUGGCCUGCGAUUCUCCCAGAUCCAUCUUAAAAGGCAUACGAACCAGAAGUCUUAAUAAUAGAACCACCUCAAGUAGUCAACUACAUGCAUCUCCUAUAUGACCAGGGUUACUACCCACAAUGCAACAUUCUCAACAGUGCAGGCUUAUGAUAUAGGCCCAUUUGAAUAAAC